AGUAAAUAAAACUUUUGCAGCUGUUAAAACUGUAGUGUAAAUGUGUAUUUGCACGUUGAAGAAAUUUACUUGUAUAUGAAUGUUUUCGACGUUUCAUGAGUUAGAUUCAGAUUUAUGAAAAUUAAAUAGUUAUUUAUAUGUAUGGAGUCCUUUAAUGAAAGUUUGCGCUAUAAGCCAAGAACGAAACAACGCCUUUUUAAAUUUUGUGUGAAUAAAAUUGUAAAAGUAGAGCCAAAGGGAAAUCAGCGUCGAGGAAUCGGAUGCCCUGAACCUAGGAGUGGACACCGUAUUGUUGCAAAUGGAGGCAAUGUGUAUGCCUUUGGAGGUUUUAAUCCUCGAACUGAUGACAUUGAACCAGAUCAGACUCCAGAUAGGGUCCUAUUUAAAGAAGUAUGUAACAUGAGAAGUGAGACAGUAAUUCAUAGUAUUUGAAAUAUAGCAAAUUAU